AUGAAAUUUGGGCGAGACUUCUACCGCCUUCAGAUUCCUCGCUGGGCAGACGCCUACCUCGAUUACGACGGUCUCAAGCACCUUGCGAAGCAGAAGUCGGUCAGAAAUGGCCAAUUGGAAGCCUUCAGGGACUCCCUUCACCGGGAGACAGCGGAUAUCAAUGAUUUUCUCCGCAGACAGCAUGCCUUGAUCAAUCUAUGGGUUGAAGCGGUGCUAUCUCGCUUCAUCAUUUCCCAUGCAUCAACAUUCGAGGUUCUGGACUUUGCCGGCGUUGCCCAGCCUGAGCUGCAAGAUCUUGUCGACUGCCUUAUUGAGAUAUUGGACUUUGCUGCUCAGCUCGACGUAUUCUCCAAGAUCAACAGAGAUGCCAUCGAGAGACUCCUGGGCAAGCUAGGGUGUGUUGAAGUCCUUAGCUGGGUUACAGGAUCGGAGUCUCCACUCUACGCGCGACCAUGGACAGAGACGAGCUCCCGCGUGCAAGAUCUUUUGCAGCAGGUCCAUCGCGCAUUGGAGCUCCAGGCUGAUGCAACCGAGUUACGUUCGCUAUUCUCGCCAGCAAUGCCGUCCGAGUGCUUGAGCAGGAGUGUAUACCACAGUAUCAGCAACGACGAUUCAGCGGCCCUCAUGUGCGUCAUGGCGUCGACUGUCUCGGAACUUGCAACGCAGGCAAUGCUGUACUCGGUCUUGCAGGUAGCGAUUGUCUAUCGUUCCCCGAGAUGUAUACAGUCUCUGCUUGGGGAGAUCACGUCUCCCCUGGAAGAGGUCUUGUGUGGUCAUCGAGAUCCUUUGCAUCAAUUCAUUGCUCAACUAGCUUGCCGAGGCCGGCCUGAGCCGCACUUUCAACCCGCUGCAGUCCUCGAGGACAUGUUCAGAGACCUAUCGCCUUAUCAACAUCACAUGUUGCUGACCAAAGACUGGAGAGGGCGAUACCCCUUACAUUAUGCAGCCGAGUAUGGCCUGAGCGAAGUGUGUCUGCAGAUCCUCAAGUUUAUCGAACCUUCAGUUAUCUUGGAAUGCGAUAUUGCGGGCGAGACGCCGCUGGCGCUGGCAGUAUGUUCAGGACACGCAAAAGUUGUACAGGCAUUCCUGGAGCUGGAUCUUGAGGAAAACGCCCGCGCCAAAUCCAUGAUUUCCGAGCAAGUAGCCGGAGCUUUUCUCUGCGUUGCAAUUCAGUCACGGUCCACUGACGUUGCCAAAUGUCUGAUCAAGUUUGGCAAAGGGCUUAACUGGCAAGGAGGGAAACAAGGACAAACUCCUCUAUACAUCGCAUCACGCACAGGCCAAGUUGAGGUGGUUGAAAUGCUUCUACUCCGAUCUCCUGAUCUCAACCUCAACCUGCCGCACGCAUCGAAGAAGUGGACCCCACUUAUAGUAGCUUCUGUGCAUGGCCAUGUAGAGCUAGUCCGACUUCUGCUAUCAGCAGGCGCAAACGUGAACAGCCAGGACUGGCGCGGCUGGUCUGCUAUAGACCACGCUUCGUACAGAGCCCACAUGGCCAUCGUGGCAAUGGUACAACACGCUCUAUGCAAAGAUGACGGAGUCAGUAGUGAAACCCCCAAGCUUUCCGUGCAGGUUUGCUCCGCACAACAGACCGCUGUCCACCGCCCAACGUCCUUCGCACCACAUGAAGCUUUACCUGAUGCAGAAUCCGAUCUCACAUCGAUCUUCGUCAAUCUUGGCACAUUCGAGACGCACCACAAUGAAAAAAUCGCGGACAUCAUACCUUCAGUAGCCAACCAGCGACAGCAUCAUAAUAGUAUCCAAAGUAGCAUGCUGCUUGAGGUCUCUGGAUCUGACUGCCGAGAACCGCCAUACUGCCUGCAACUUCCCUACCUAGGAGACAUCUCCGAUAUUACGUGGCGAUUCUCCACCUCAGACCCAGACAACAUGCGACUCACUUUCAAGCUGUUUCAGUUCCUGGGUGAGCGAGAAGUAUGCAAGAGACUCGUUGGCUCCGGCAUAGCUCUCCUGAGCGCGAUCAAGGGCUGGUUCCGGACCGAGCGACAGAGCCUGAGACGCGAUAGCACAGUUGCGCUGAUGAACUCGGAUGGGGAUUUUGCUGGCACCUUGUCUUUCACAUUUCUGGUCGCCGGAGCGUACAAGCCCGCUAUGUUGCCCACCCACGCGCAGAAAAUGUGCCCGCCGCCGUCUACGCAAAUCGUGGCCCAUCGAGGACUCGGUUUGAACGAAAAGAAGUCGAAACGUCUGCAAAUAGGAGAACAUACUUUCCAAUCUCUCGCCAGCGCACUGGACCAAGGUGCUGACUAUAUCGAGGUUAGCCACCUCACCUGGCUAAACUGGACUAUGGCUAACAUUUUUGCGAAUGUGCAAGUGACUCGGGAUCAUGUGCCCGUGAUUUACCACGACUGGUUCGUCAGCGAGGCGGGACUCGAUGUCCCUAUCCACGCAAUGACAUAUCGUCAGUGGAUGGCACUCAGUGAGGCCCAGUCAGGCUCCCAUGAGGAAGUGCCUCGAGGCCGUCUACCAUGGGAUGAGAGAACCAGACCAAGUGUUCGUCACCGAAGAGACUCUCGUUCCCUCUGCGCGCGCCAGGACCACCCAACAAAAGCGAUGAUAGAUCGCAUGAAGCACACCUUUGAGUACACAAACUACAAUAUGAAGGGAAACACCCGCGGUGAUUUCAUCCACGACGCCUUCGUGACGCUCCGACAGCUCUUCGAGAAAUUCCCAGAGAACGUGAGCUUCGAUAUCGAGCUGAAGUACCCCAUGUUCUGGGAGACAGACUACUGGGGCAUGGAACCCUACUGCAACGAAAUGAACUCCUACCUGGACGUGAUCCUCGACGUAGUCUACUCUCUCUCUCACAACACCAACCGCUCUAUCUUCUUCUCGUGCUUCAACCCCGAAGUAUGCAUCCUGCUCUCUACCAAACAAAAGACCUACCCCGUCGUCUUCCUCAACGACUCCAUGGUCAGCGGCGCCGCGGGCGACACGCGGGCCACCAGCCUUCAGCAGGCGGUGCGGUUCGCCAAGAAGUGGGACUUGCAGGGUAUUAUCAUGGCAGCGGAGACGUUCGUCGCGGCGCCGAAGUUGAUUGGGCAUGUCAAGGGGUUGGGUCUAUUCUGUGGAAGUUACGGGGCAUUGAAUGAUGUGCCUGGGUUUGCCAAGGUAGUUUUCCUGAUUCGUCCAUCCUAUGAAGCCCGUGAUGGAAUGAGCGAAGCUGACCAAGUCGCACAGAAACAACAAGCGGAAGGUAUCGACAUGAUUGUCGUCAACAACAUUCGGCUCAUCUCGAUGGCGCUUGGAAGUUCUUCUGCAGCUUGA